CCAUCUCUCUCCCUCCCUCUCUCUCUCUCUCUCUCUCUACCCGCGCGCGCAGAGGCAGAACUGGGGCACCCCACCGCCGAAAUGCCGUUCCUGAGUCCCCUGGGCGGCGACGACGCCGACGACUUCUACUUCGGCUACGACGCCGGGUACCACCGCAGCAGCGGCGCCGCGGGCAAGAGCGCCAAGAAGGAGAAGGAGAAGGAGAAGGAGAAGAAGGAGAAGGAGAAGGAGAAGGGCUUCCUCUCCUGCUUCCCCUGCUUGAUCCCCUGCUCGCCCGGCGCCGUGGAGCCGACGGCGCACCGCCGCCUGCUGUCAUCGGACUCCAGCGAUAGCGACAACGCCGCCGCCAUGAACAUCACCGCCGACCUCGCCCGCCUCCGCGCGCGCUACUCCCGCCUGGCCGCCGGCCCGCCCGUCCGCCCCCGUGACGUCCCCGCCCUGGUGGCGCGCCCCGACGACCCGGCGCUGGCCGUGUCCGCGCUCUCCUGGCUCGGCGGGGACCUCCGCCCGUCCUGCAUGCUCCUGGCCCUGCUGCCCGCGCUGUUUCCGUCCCUUCCUGCCCACACCCGCCACGCGCUCGCCGCCGCGGCCCGCCGCCUCAGCGCCCGCGAGGCCGCGCUCGACGGCGAGGUCGCCGAGUACCGAUCCACCUACGCCAUGAAGCUGGCGUGCGAGAAGACCAAGGACGGCGUCGCCGAGACGGCCGCCGAGGAGAUGUGCAAGAUGGCGCGCGCCGCCCGGCGGGCGGACAAGCUGCGGUCGCGCGCCGUGGAGGUCGCCGUCAAGGAGGUCCUCGCGCCGGCGCAGGCCAGGGAGUUCCUCAAGGCCGUCGAGGACGUGGCGGGCAAGGUGUCGCGGCACGGCACCCGGUGGCACGCGCGCGCCGGGACGCUCACGGUGCCUGUCGAGGCGUUCGAACGCGUGCGCGCCAACGCCAGGGCGGCUACGGACGAUGCCUGGUGAGGUGACCUCUGAUUGUGAUGGUUGCUUCAGGCAGCCAUCUUCUUCUGAUCAUGGAUUCGUUCGUCAAUGGGGACUAGAAUGUUUCCAGCUUACGAUGAUUCGGAUUGCAUCGGGUAGGGCGACGAUCAAAUGUACCUUGGCAUGGUCUAUGUUCUUGUUGGUAUAGUCAUAGAAGGUUAACUAGAUAUACUCCUCUCACUGGAAAUGUGAAAUGCUUUAGUUGCUUCAGACAUGUUCUGUCAUUUGUUUCUGUACUUUCGAGGAUGCAGUCUGAGUUUGCACCGUUAGCUAUCGCAAAUUCAUCGAUGAGUAGUGCCGGUUGCUGAACCUCUUUUGGAGGAGCGUGUCAAGGUUCUGACAAGGUUUUUCUUGCAAUCAAACUUUCCUGCAGUCUCGUAAAAGAUUUUGAAUCCCUUCUCUA